AUGGAUUCUCAAAUUGCAAAGAAAAACCAAAGCCUUACCACAGCAGAGGAGAUGAGAAACCAAACGAAGCUUGUGAUGCAACCUUAUGCUAACUGGGAGGAAUAUCUGACUCCUGCACCACUCUCCAUAGCCAUCAUGGCAGAGCUUGUCUUCAUAUCUUCCAAAACCGAUUUCUCCAUCAACAGAAACCCACCCAAGGAUGGCUUCAAGUACAUCAAAUACCCAGAUUCAUUUCGUGCAUGCCUCAUGCAAGUGUGUAACUCUGGCUGGUGGGCAUUCAAUGAGGCCCACAAGAACAUGGACCAGAUUAGACUCUACACGUUAACUGUUCCAGAUUACAUGAAGACUGCUGUUAAAAUUCUGUUCCAAGGUAACAGCGAGGUUGUUGAAGCUCAUCUCCCUGACCAGCUGGAGAACAUCCGUACCAUUGCAGAUGAGUGUCUUCUGCUGGCUAAUGCAACUGAAAAGCGCUUCACUGAUGUCAUCAAUAUUAUCCAAGAAUUGCUGGAAGCCUGUGUAAAUGCUGAGUACUUUUAUGGAAAAGAGUUAGAGAAAAUAAAAAACAAACUGCAGGAGAACAAAAUGAAGAAACAAUCCUCAGAAGAGGCUGUUGAACUCUCUAAAAAGGCAGCCAAAGAAAUGGAAAGGCAAAUGAAAGAUGCACAGGAGAACUACAGCCAAGCAAUGAAUUCCAUACCCAGUGGAUGGGAUAUGUUGGGUAUGAAUGUUGCUGAAGCCAUGACAGAGAGCCUUACAGCUUUAGUUCAAGGAUUAACAGCUUUAGUCGCACAGCGAGGGAACAGUAAAGCUGCAACAACAAAUGCUGAUACAAAGAGCGACACUGAAGGUGAAGACAAUGUAGUUGAUGGUGUGGAUAAAAUUAACAUCUAUAGCAAGUCUGCAGAAAUCCUGAAAUAUGCUACAGAUAUUCAGGAGUUUGUGAUUGAUGACCAGAUUAACUGGAAAGGCUUGUACGACCAAAAAAACAAAGCUACAAUUACAGAUUUUCCAGCCGAACAGUUUGAAAGAGUCAAGGGCGAUCUGCAAAAGAUACGGAAAUGCAAACCAAAUAAUCAAGCCCAAAGCAUAUGUGAAGAAGGAAUUGAGAUCUGCAAAGAACUUGCAAAAUAUGCACUAGAUGGGAAAUGUGAGGCGAGCGAAACAAAAGUGUUAAUUAGAAAAAUCCUAGGUUUGACUGAGUCAGCUCGCAAAUUUGACAGCAAAAGCAAAAAUGUCACAAAAUCUCCUGCUCUGGCACCGAAACCACCAAUGAUGUAUAAGGAAGAAAGUAAAUCAGGGAGGAUGAGUGCUUCACAAAUGGCAUCCGAAAAUGCAAUGUUCCGUGUGGAGCAGAGCCGUGCUCAGCUAAACCAGACUAGAGAAAUCUAUGAUAAGAGUAUUGAGAACAUGGAGAAGAACCAAAAGGAAUUGACUGACAUCUUAAUCCAGUUGAGACAAUGUAAGGUCAAAGAGAUAGACUUUAAUACCACCAUAGAGAUGCUGAUCAAAGGUAUGGAUGCCAUGGGAAGGGUGAAGGAGCAAUGGGAGAAAAUGGUGCACUUUUUUCAGAUGGUGUCCAACAUCGUGAAGACCAGUCUGACAAGAACUCUUAAUGAUUUUGCACAGACAUCAGAAAAGACACAAGCACUUUCCUACAAUGCAAAGCUCUACUCAAAAGAUCUGCUUUAUAAUCAAGCCUUUCAAGCCACCAACAUCGCCAGUCUUGUCCACAUGAUUUCAGCCACCUACACCGAGGUGUCCAACAAAUACUUGAUGGAUCGGGUCAGCUGUCUGGGAAAACUUAUGGCCAUGGACAAGAGCAGUCCAGAGUUUGAGAAGGAGCGUUUGGAUCUGGGAAAUUCUUGCGAUUCAGCUCAGGAAGCUAUUUUGCACCUCGUCCUCAAGAACAAGGAAGAGUUUGAAAAAAAGAGUGAUUCUAGGUUGAACAAGAUUGACCAAGAGCUGCUUGCUAUUCUUCCCUCCAUGGCUCCAGAAGAAAUGAAGAGUAUUCAAGCUGCUGCUCAAAGUGGAUUCACAGAGGAGGAGGAAGAAGACAUGUAUGCUUAAGGGACUGGACAAGAAUGAAACUUGUCUACCAUUACAAAUCGUAGAGCAUACAAAUUGUUGCAUAAUAAACACAGCAUAUUAAUAGAAUAUAGCAUAUGAAUAGAAUAUCAGUUCGUUUUUUGUCUGGACAAAACUCACUAACAUACUCAAGUUAAAUAGGCAGAAGUUUCUCUAGAAGGUGUAGCAGGAUGUUGUAGUGUUUGUGUGUUUUACAUCUUUAACAAUCUAUAUCCUUGUUU